CACUGUUAGGCCCUUAGAAGAUCCUUUGAUCUCGAACCUCUCUCCCAGAUUGAGAUCCGCAACUUCAGAAAUGGCUCCCAAGGGUGGAAACGCAAAGAAAGAGAGUGGCCGAGCCAAGAAGGCAGAGAACGAGGCUAAGAAGCAAGACGCUACAGCUGCUGACAAGGCCAAAAAGGAGGCAGAAAAAUGGGACGACGGUGCUAAGGGAAAUAAAGCUAAGGAGGAAAAGGAAGCAAAGCGUCUCGCCGAACUCGCCCGCAAAGCGGAGAACGCGCGGCUGCUUGCAGAGGAGGAAUCUGCUCCCGUGAAAGCCAAGCCAGCACCGAAGAAGAAGAAAGAUGUUAAACCAGCUGGCCCCGGCGCGAUCGCAGCUGGAGGUAGCUCGAGUGACGCAGCUCUGGCAGUAGCAGCAGAGACAAAUCCCAAGGAUGAACCGCCUGCUGAGGAAGUCGAAAGCUAUGCUGCAACCGGCAUCGACAAUGCGCUGGAUCUGUUAGAGGUAGUGACCGCAAAGAUGGACAAGGCCAGUGUAGGGCAGCAAGCUGCAGGUAUCGAAAGGCAUCCAGAGCGACGAUUCAAGGCUGCGUUCGAAGCCUACAAGGAACGUGAACUGCCAAAUCUCAAACAGGAGCAUCCCGGGCUGCGCCUGCAGCAAUAUCAGGAUCUGCUACACAAGCAGUUUCAGAAAUCACCGGAUAACCCCUUUAAUCAGGUCACCAUCGCUUACGACGCCACGAAGGACGAGAAACUACAGUCACUCAAGGAGAAACAGGAUGCUGUGCAGAAACGACUGCGCACAUAACGAUCGUUAUGAUGUGAUAGGACUAAAAGUCGGCUUGGAUACAAUCCUUGGGCUAUCAGAAGUCGGGGUGUAUAAUAGUAGCGCUGGUGAUGCUCGAUCUGCUGUCUCCAAAGGAGAUCUGAUAACAAACAUUUGGACUUGUAUGUGCGCAUUCUCACAGUCCAUCAACACCCGUGUGUAUUGUUCAUGC